AUGCGUCAUACUGUUCAUGGUCAAUGGCGUGGUUACAGUGCUAGUGGGUGUCAGGAUUAUGAUACAUGGCAUCAAAAUCCACAGUUCAAACUGACUGCAACUGGUCAAGAUGCAUCAUUUCCAAUUCAUGUAUUCAUUACCUUAACUCAGGGUGUGGGAUUUUCAAGAACAGCUGCCGGUUUCAGAAAUUAUCAAUCCAGCCAUGAUUCACUGAUGUUCUACAUUGGAAUGAGGAUUCUUAAAACUCGUGGCCGGCGUGUUGCUUAUAACAUAUACCUACAUGAAUCAGUUGGUGGGACAGACUAUGUAAAUCCUAGAGAAAUAUCUUGUGAAAUGGUUCUGGAACCUGAGCCAAAGGGAUACACUAUAGUUCCUACUACUAUACACCCUGGGGAAGAAGCACCAUUUGUGCUUUCUGUUUUCACCAAGGCAUCAAUAACUCUUGAAGCUUUGUAA